GUAACUGGCACACUGCUGUGCACACAACGUUCGCAAGGACGUAACAACGACAAUCAAAGCAGCAUGCUAACUGUGGUUACGUGAGCUGUACAUCAAGCUUGUGUGAGACCAGACCUGCGCAAUGCUCGGUGUGAAGUUCCGGAUGCGUUUAUUGUGUUGGAAAUAAUCCGGUAUUCCUUUAAACACCAUGGCUUGUGGAGCCUAUCACCAUGCUAUUGUUAUUUCCCCAUGUGUGUAUGCUAGGCAUUUGUUUGCGGGGGAUGUGGCCACAGAUACGACCUUUUGGAAAUACGAGGAUGCCGCCAGACACUUGGCUACUCAGCUGAUGAGUAAAUAUAGCAACUUGGCAGUUCUUGGGUACCAGACAUCCGGUCGCGUUCCUUCAGAUGUAUGGUCUGAUCCAAAUCGACUUAAUGCUUACUUUUUUUCGCAAGCCAGUCGCAUUAUUUUGCUAGUGCCAAGUGACGCGGAAGAACACGUUAACUCAUUUUCGCGUACUUGUCUUGCUCCACUACUGUCCUGCCCGAAGGAGGAAGGAGGAAGACCGGAAUGGCAUUCACGUUUUGUAGCCGCUGUGAUUGGAAAUACGCGCGUUCCCAACCAGCUUGCCCCGGGAGUUCCAUUUAUUGAUGUAGUGCGAUUUCGGGAAAUCGGAUGGGUUCGGGAUGUCACUGGUAUGAUGUUACUGCAACGAGCGAUCAAGGACUUUUGGGUUCCCUGUCAAUCAAUGACGGACGAUCAGCUCAGUUUCCCCCCUUGGAAAACACAGUCUACCCAAUCCGAGGGAUACAGCCUAUGUGAAACCAUUGAGACCAGUUUUUGGCUUGGCACAAAUACUCACGUUACCGGACAGAUUGACAUAAACGAGCUAGACAGUGCAUUUUCUAAGGGUAACGACGGACCCUAUCCCAAUGGACGAGCGAUUCGGAGCCGCAGUGGGAGACGUAGCAAAAGCCGUAGCCAGUCGCGGUCAAGGCACACAAGUAGCUCAGGCUAUCGAAGUCUCGAACCAGAGUUUGAAGCCGAGCAGUUUGAUGAGCGGCUCUUGGACACGCGCAUUACUCACAUUGUCCAGGCUACAAAACCGGUGGUUUUGACAGAGUUGGUGGCUAAAGAUUUGGUUGUAAACGGAUCGGUCUGUCCGCAGCCAGACGUUAUCAAUGGCAGUAAUGGCAUUUCUUCAAGUCUGGAUAAUGCAGCAUCUCAAGUGAUGGCUGAAUUAGAUGUCGAACAGACUGAUUCUCAAUUGAGCACCAAUGGCACAGUCGAAACCGAGGUAACUGUUGUGCGGAAGGUAGUCGCGGACGAACAGGAUGCGGCUCAAAUCACGCCUUCUUCAGCAGCUCAGCCACAUUCUCCAGCAACAGUUCUGGAUGCGACUAGACCCUGUGAAUGUUUGCCACUAGAAAGCAGGGAUAGUUCCGAGGAUGGUAUGGGAUCCGGUAUUUCCAAAGAUAUAACGAUUGGCAGUGAAGGAAAAGAACCAAAAGAUCAGUUGGAAAGCGCAGCUCUUCUGCGCACACAAAAGCUGUCAGAGAAGGUAACACAAGCCAGCAUUCUGUCUACUAGAAUGCCACCACUUACAGUCGAGAAUGGCAUGUCUUAUCAUGCUACCUAUUCAGCCUCACAAAGCCAACCCUCGGAAACUAUUCACUCAGGCCUCAAAGUUCAGUCGGAAGCAGAAAAUUCUCUUGCAGCAAAAGUUAACAAAGUACUUCUUAUUGAUGGGACCGAUAAUAGGCUGCCCGAUGAAUCAAUCCCGUUCAUUGAUUCAAGCACCGAAGAAGAACGAAUAAUCGAACCGUCCACUUCAAAAACCGUUGAGCAUUCGCAAACUAGGGGACUAGAACCCUUAUCGAUUCCUCUGAGUUCCAAACAGAAGCGUUCCGAACCAACCAGGACUGCUUCCUAUUGGAGUGUUACCCGCACAAAACCGCCCGAAAGUCCACUUCUUAGAAAACGGUUUGUUUGGCCCAAUUUGAUUGAACCUCUUAACGUGGAAGUUCCUAUAGAAUUAAAUGAGGCAAUCCACCUAACUCCACCUAGAGCUACGGUCGAAACGUCACCCAGAUUUACCCUAUUCCCAUCUUCGGAACUUUCACAAAAGUCGUACAUUACAGUUGAACGACUUACGUCCGGGUCUGCAAGGACAACACCACAGACAAGAAAUAUUGAAACUGAUCCAACUCCAUCCAGAAAGGCAACGCCUAUAAAAUCAGUUCACUCUACAGCGUUUCAUGAGGAUGAGGCGGAUGAACAGAGUGUUCGAAAACGUACUCAGUCUUCCGGCCCUAAAGGUGCCUCCUACGUAAAAAAGACCAUUACACGUGAGGAAUUCUUCACAGAAUCCGUAAAAAUUGAACGACGAACCCGUCCGAGCGGAACGACGGAUUCUAUGGACUCUACAAGGUCUAUGGAACCAUCUCCAAAUUGCUCCAAUCAACGUUUUGAAAAGGAUUCACGUGAGAGUGUCAAUGAAGAUAUCAGAUCUCACUCGGUAAGGAUUGUCUCCCCUGGACGACAAACACCGUCAGUAGAAGGGACCACCAGUGAAUCACAAACCUCACCUGGGCCACAACAAAGCAAAGCGGAGCGAAAUUCGAACAGGAUUUUUUAUGUUCGCUCAAGUAAACCAUCAAUGGGUGAUUCAACUGACCUUACUACUUCUGAAGAAACUGAGAGGGCGAGAAGUGUAGAACCACAGAAGACCUUUACAACGCCUAUCCUGCGGUCCGCCGGUCACAGCCUACCACCAUCACCUUAUCUGGCGAGACGCCAGAUUGUCAAACUUUACCCUUCGCCUUGGCUCUAUCCUCCUGAUGGAACUGUUGCUGAUGCAUACUCACAGAUACGGGCGCCACUGGCCUCCGGGUAUAUGACCGGUGAAGGAAUAUCCUGUUACGCUUUUAGCGGAACCCGUUAUCGAAAAAAUAAACUUGAAAUUCCCAAGCUGUUUUUGUGCAAAGAUGCGGCCGUGUGGACUGGGCUAGAUUCGGCAGCAACAUUCCGUUUUGAGCUACUCCACGCACUGCCUGCAGAAAGUACACAUUCCGAGCAAGAAUGUAGAUUGAUCACCCCAAAAGGAACGAAGCCUGAGCAGGAAGAGGCUGUGUGCGAGAAGUCUGUCAAAUUUCAGCAAGCAGGUGACUACAGGUUUCAUGAAGAGUUAGGAGAACAAUGGUAGACCAGUGAAAACCCGAAGCUUUCCCACCGAAGCUACCUGAAACGAAGAUCGACAAGAAGAGAGCAGGGGUUUGGAAAAUUUCAGGCAUUUGCAUAGUCUCCUGCCUCGUUGCUUUUCUAUCAGUGAUCGUAAUGUUCUUCUGGUUGUACCACAAGUCUGGCGCCAGUUUUAAAGCUGAGUUCUACUCGUUCUGGAGUUCGUGGACUUCGAAAUUUACGAGCAAACGUUCCCAGCAAGAUUGAAAUGAUUGACCGCUUUGAACGCAAUCCCAUACGUCAUUGACGUUUUCUUUUCUAUAUUAUCGGACUUUUCCUCUCUUAUCUGCUUCGCGUCACUAUCGGGUGAACUCACUCAAUGUUUUCGAAAGCGUUAUCAGUGCUUAAGCUUCAACCGCAGUGAGUUGUACUCAAGCAUGUUUGGCCUAUGACUGACCCGAAAUACCUUAUUUAUUGUCGGAAACUCUAAACAGUCAUCAGGAAUAAUCCUGGAAAUCAACCUUUCAUAAUUGUCUCUAUUAAACUUCCCUUUGAAAAUGAUUUUGUGUGAUUCAAAUGGUUACGAAUAUCUUCUGUUCUGCUGUUGCCACCUUGUGUGUCAUCACUAUCAG